GGCUUCAUGAAACUCGUAGAACGCGCAGAACGACGUUAGCUUUCGUCGUGUACAGUAUUGUGUUAUUGUUCCUAGUUUGUAGAAAUCAUUUAAAAUCUUUUUAUUUCCUCUCUUAGUCUUUCAUCUGUUUCAAAAAAGAAGAAAAUAAAUUCGCGUGAUAGUUUUUAACCUUUUGGUUUUUUGCAAAACAAUCGGUGAAAUAACGUUUUAAUAAGAAACGAAUUUUUCUUAAUCGGCGCUUUUUCGUUUUUGUAUCAGUCACAAAGUCCUUACGCAAGGAGCAAAAGAAAGUUUUUGAAAUAUGGCCGAGGAUAAGAAUGAAACGAGUCCUAACGCAGGGGGCGAGCAACCCGCGCAGGAAAUAACUCCGCCUGCCAAGGACGAAUCGAAGGAAAUCGUGAAAGACGCAACAAAGAAAGUUGAGGAAAAUGGCGAAGGUGAAAAGCCAAAUGAGAAUGGAGAGGAAAAAUCAACACCCGAACCCAAGGACAUGAAGGCCAUCGUACUCAACGGAUUUGGCGGACUUAAGAGCGUUAAGGUCCUCAAGAAGCCUGAGCCGACCCUGGCCGAGGGAGAGGUCCUCAUACGAGUCAAGGCAUGUGGAUUGAAUUUCCAAGAUCUGAUGGCAAGACAAGGAGCCAUUGAUUCUCCACCAAAAACUCCCUUCAUCUUGGGUUCUGAAUGCGCUGGAGAAAUCGAACAAGUUGGCGAAGGAGUUGAGAAUUUCAAAGUCGGAGACAGAGUUGUCGCUUUGCCAGACCACAAAGCAUGGGCCGAACUUGUAGCUGUACCAGCAACUUCCGUUUUUGCUUUACCAUCAGACAUGAGCUAUCUGGAUGCAGCAGCUAUCACCAUGAACUACACGGUGGCUUAUAUUUUACUUUUUGAGCUGGCAAACCUCACGCCUGGCAAAAGUUUACUUCUUCAUAGUGCUGGAGGCGGUGUCGGCCAAGCUGUUGUGCAACUCGCUAAAACUGUAAAGGAUGUCACCAUCUUUGGAGUUUGCAGCAAAGGAAAGCAUGAAUCUCUCAAGGAUACUGGAAUCGAUCAUCUCAUUGAACGUGGUGUUGAUUAUGUCAACGAAGUCAGAAAAAUUUCCGGCGAAGGUGUUGACAUUGUUUUAGAUUGCUUAUGCGGCCAGGAAUGCAAUCAUGGUUACAAUCUUUUGAAACCAAUGGGAAGAUACAUUUUGUACGGAUCGAGCAAUGUUGUCACUGGAGAAACCAAAAGCAUUUUCUCCGCAGCCCGAUCCGUAAGCAAAUACUUUCAGUGGUGGCAAGUCGACAAAGUGUCUCCUAUUAAAUUAUUCUACGAGAACAAGACAAUUUCUGGAUUUAAUUUGCGUCACUUGAUGUACCAAAGUGGAUGUUAUGAAUUUGUACGAAAAGCUGUCAAUCAAGUCUUCCAAUUGUGGAAAGAUGGCAAAGUAAAGCCAGUUGUUGAUUCAACUUGGGCACUCGAGGAUGUUCCUGAGGCAAUGCAAAGGAUGCACGAUCGAAAGAAUGUUGGAAAAAUUGUUUUGGAUCCUAGCCAGGAGCCAAAACCAAAGCCAGCGACACCCGCUAAAAGCAAAACAAAGGACAAGAAAAAUCAAAAUCAGGAAGAAAAGAAAGCGGCAAGUGUUGAUUCUGAAGAGAGCGAGAAGAAAAAGGAGCCUGAAUUAACCAAUGGCACGUCGGAGGACAAAUCUGACAGCGAUUCCAAGGAGAAAGAAUCAAGCUGAAUUAAUAAUGCGUGAUGUAUCUGAAACAAAAAAAAAAGCUGGCGUUCUACAACAUCGGGAAAAAAAACACAACAGAAGAUCCGAAUUUUCCAGACGCAAUGAAUAAAAACAAAAAAAAAGCUUAAUUUUACUAAAAAAAAAAAAAAUGAUCUUCAUAAAGCACAGAUGAUAGUUAUGUGUGAGUAUGUUGUAAAAUCCAUGCGAAGAUCCACUUUAGAUUGAUUUGCAGAAAAUGCAAAUUAUUAUUAUUUUUUUUAACUUUAAUUCGCCUUCAGUUUCCUUUUUUUAUUUACUAUUAUUAAUAAUAUCUUCGACAACUCGAACGUGAUAUCAUUUUAGAAUUUAACGAUAUUAGAAAGGAAACGAUGCAUUUAUUUCCUUGUUUUUUACUUUAAGUUUAGUAUAGCGUGUCCUCUCUUGUGACAUUCUAGACUUGAAAUCUCGUGUGUGAAUAACGCAAAGAGAACAAUAGUAAAGAAAGUCCUUUUACAUAACAAUGCAAACAAAAAAAGAACCAAAAUACAAUAUCAAAAAAAUUUGAUGUGGUCCACAGUAGUUAAAAAUUUAGAAAAAAAAAAAAACUUUUCGUUUUUCAUAUUUAAAAAAAGAAAAGAAUCAUUUUCUCUAUGUAUUUCUAAUAGCUUCAAAUUCAAACUAUAUUCUCCUAUUCUCUUAUUGCUAUAUACAAUAAAUAACUCUUCCAUUAUUGACUAAUGAAGCGUAUUAGAAGUAUCGAAAACAAGGCAAUCGAAAAUUCAUUCCAAUGAAUAAAAUAAUUAACAAUAUUCAAUCGACUGAAAAGGAAAAAAAGGGUUCAAUUUUUUUUUUUAAUAAUUCCUCGAAUCCUCGAAUUAAUCAAAAUUAAUUUUAUUUUCUAUUUUUAUUAUUCUAGAAAAAGAAUUAGUGGAAUCGAGAAUUCGAGGUAUAUCUACUUGAAUAGAUAAAAUUUUCUAAAUGGCCUCAUACUUUUUCUUUUUUCGCUACGAUUUCCUCAAAAAAAACUUUUAAAACGAAUUUUCGACAAUGGUUAUAAUUCGUGCUUCUUGACGUAUUUGCUGCAAGUUCUCACCCCCCCCCCCCCCCCUUCGCUUUAGGUAUAUAUAUAUGUCAUAAUCAUUAAACAUCCAACGAUUUUUGUACUUUACCUAACAGUAAAAUACUCGAGAUAUAUUUUUUAUAAUAAUUUUUUCGUGAAGCCAAAACAAAGAAACUGCCAAACUUGUUUUUACGAAAAAAAAAAAAUAAAAAGAAAAGAACACUAUAGCAUUUCGUCAAGAGAACGAUUUGAACUACGAAAAGUAAUAUGCAUAUCUUCAGAAAGAAAAAAAAAAAAAAAAAAAAAAAAAAAACAGUGGAACAAUUUUUAUGUAGCUGAUCCGAGUAUUUGAUACCAAUAUCUCCCUGAUAAAAAAAGAUCUCCCCAAUAAAUAUUCUUUUGAUAUUUGGGAAUAUUUAAAUAAAUAGCGAUUUGAAAAUUAGUUUUUCACACUAAAAAAACUUGUAAGAAAUUCUUUCAAGUGAAAUUUAGGAUAUAUUUUUUUAAACUUUCCGAAUAUGAAAAGGAUUGAUUUUUUUUUCUUUCUUUUUUUUUUAAUCAGGGAGUAAACCUUUGUAUCUCAGUGAAAAAAACUAUACAUGUAAUUAAAAGUAACAGGCAAAGAAUAUUUAUCGGCGUCUUGAAUUAAUCUUGCGUCGUAGCCAAGCAUCAAGUUUUAAAAAAAAGCGUGAAUGUCGAAGCGCAUAUUCGUAUUUAAAAAAAAGAAAUCACAUCAAAAAUUAGAUGUGAAAUCGUAUAUUAAUAACAAAAGAAAAGGAAACAAGAUUUACAGAUUGCAUUUACACAUAUAUGCACAAUUAAAUACAUGGAAAACUCACACAAACUCAGAUCCACACGAACAUUGUAUAUUUUACGUAAGGCUUUAAAUGUUUCAUGAAAUAACUCUACCUAUUAUAUUAUAAUAUAUCUAUAUAUUUGUAAUGAGUAACGACCAUUUCUACUCUCAUUGAUUUGUCCCCAUUUUUUUUUUUUUUUUUUUUAAAUAGUUGAAUUGUCUUAAUUUUGAGGACAAUUCAAACAAGUUAAGAAUCAAGCAAUCUUCAUUUUUUUAAAAGAAAUACAAAAAAAAAAUUUCUAUUUUAUAUUCUGAUCUACGUCUUAUUUCAUUUUCGUAAAAAAAAAAGAAAAAAAAAAGGAAACACAAGAGAAUGAUGAUCUUAUGGAAGAUCAACAAAUGAAUUGAUUGCAUUUUAAUGAAAAAUCAUUUAAUGUAGGGCGACGUUGUCACGAACAAUUUCAUUCAUUUAUUUUUUAUUUUUUUAUUUUAUUUUAAUUAUUUGGAAUCAUCACUACACAUACUACAAUUAUAAUAAUGCACUUUCCCCCUUGUGAGAAAGAAAAAUCUAUAGCUAUAUACAAUAUAAUUAUUUUUAAGGAGCCGAUUACUCUACAAUUGCGAAUCAAAAAAAAAAAAAAAAAAAAAACAUUUGAUUCGUGAAAAAAAAUGAAAACGAUAAACUGUAAUAACGAUGAAGUAAUUAUGUGUAAAAUUGUAAAAUUUAUUGGAAGGAAAGUGAACGAAAAGUAUGUGAUUCUUUUUUCGACGAGAUAUAUGGAUAUCUCGAUUAUAUUUUCACUUUAACCAUCGCGCGUUGCAGUUGAAGAAAAAAAAAAAGUUUUGGCAUUCCAGGAAGGUGAUUUGGUAGAGUGAAAAUUUUUGAAAUUGAACAAUCUUUUCGCACACUUUCCUACGGCUUGAUAUAUAGAUUGUAUUUUUGGCUUAUUAUAAUUAAGACUGACUAUGUUGCUAUAUUAAAAGAUUGCUUCGAAAAUAAA